CCCAGCGUUUCUCAGGAGGGAAGAGUUGGGGAGGCUCUGGCAGCUUGGGAAUCACUAUAACUUUAAAUUCACUGGUUUGCAGGAAUACGUUAAGUGGAAUAUCAGUUUGGGAUCCUAGUAGAUGGAAAGUGAGCCCCUUUCUGAUUGUACAGUCACUGGAUAGACUACUGGAAUUGUAUUUGGUCAGAUCCAAUAAGAGUGUCUCAUGAUGGACACUGAAGAAUAUGAAGAGUAUGAGGAAGAGUCUGGGGAAGAAGUGGUGGAAGAGUAUUUUGAAGAGUAUACGACUGUCCACACUUCCUCAGCCAGCUCACAUCAGUCACAUCAGGUCAGAGAGGUUGGGCCUGGGGAACUUCCUGUACGUAAGGUCAGGAAGAGGACUAAGGUGGACACUUCAAAAUUCAUGACCCCAUACUUGGCACACAGUCAGAAGAUGCUUGACCAGUACAGCCAUAACAAGUACAGGGAGGCAUAUGAGAAGACCAAGGGUCAACCCUAUUACCUUACAGCUGAUACACCUGAGAUGAUUCGCAUCAAGAAGGCUCAGGAACAGCUCAGUGAGGUGAAAUAUCGUAUGGAAGGCCUGAAGGCUAAGACCACCAGCAUGUACGAUGGUGAGGCUCGUGAAAUUGCACACGUGAAGAACGUCUCUGAUCUUGUCAGCAAAGUUUUGUACAGACAGAAAUGGGAUGAGACCAAGGACAGAUACUUACUGCCUCCUGAUGCGCCAGAGUUGGUUUUGGCAGUGAAAAAUGCCGCAAAUUUGAGCAAAAAACUAUACACAGAAGCUUGGAAUGAGGAGAAGACCAUGUACUACCCAUACAGUGACAGUCCAGAGCUCCGCCGAGUGGCCAAGGCCCAGGAAGUUCUCAGUGAUGUUAACUACAAGAAAGGUCAUGAUGAGCGCAAAGCAAAGUACACAUCCUUGGCUGAUCCCCCAGAAGUGGAACUGGCCAAGAAAAACUUUGCCAAUCGAAGUAAUCUUGUAUAUCAUGAGGACUAUAACAAGAAUGUCAAAGGCCAGUGGUGUGAAACCCCUUACUUUGACGUUGCAGUUGGCAAGAUGGUCAUGAAUAACUUAAGUGAGAAAAAAUAUACUGCUGAUUAUGAAGACAGUAAAGACCAAAUUUAUUUUAUGCAAACUGAAACACCAACAUAUGCUUCAAACAAAAACGCCGGUCACGCUGCAAGCUCGGUCAAAUACAAGAAAAACUACGAAAAGACAAAAUCAGAAUCUGAUUACAACAUUCUCCCAGCUACAGAAAACCCCCUCCUCAGACAACUGAGAUACGCUGGCACCAUCUUGAGUGAUAAAGUGUAUAAAGCAAACUAUGAAAAAACAAGAGGAACCAGUAUUAAUUACUGCGACACCCCCAAGUUCAAGAUGGACAAUAUGCUCAAAGAGUUUAGUGAUAUGCACUAUAAAGACAAGUAUGACAAAGAGAUAAAGGGCCACUAUAUUGGGAGUUAUGAAGAUGUAAACAUGCUUCACUGCCAGAGAGUGGAAGAGUUAAAGAGUGACAGAAAUUAUAAAGCAGAUUACGAUGAUAUGAAGACAAGAUGUUUCUUCCCUCAAACUAUCACACCUGAAUAUGACGCUAUUAAAAAAGUGGAACAGUGUAAAGAUAAAGUAUAUCGGCAACACCCAGACAGAGUAAAGUUUACACAAGUAACAGACUCACCUGUCCAAGUACAAGCAGCCAUCAAUGCCAAACAGCUGAGUGAUCUGAACUACAAGGCGCAGUAUGAACAAGAGAAGUUUAAAUGUUACCUGCCUCCUGAUUACCCCUUCUUCAUUCAGUCUCGAGUUAAUGCGUAUAACCUUAGUGAUACUUGCUACAAAUUUGAAUGGGACAAGACAAAAGCAAAAAAAUAUGAGGUGAAGGGUGAUGCUAUCCCCAUCCUCGCAGCCCGUGCCCAUACCAACAUUGUCAGUGAUGUGAAAUACAAGAAGGAUUAUGAAAAGAACAAAGGACAGAUGGUUGGUGCCCUUAGCAUUAAUGAUGAUCCAAAGAUCAUGCACUCGGUUCAUGUUGCUAAGAUCCAAAGUGAGCGUGAAUAUAAAAAGGAUUAUGAGAAGCUGAAGACAAAGUACCAUACCCCACUGGACAUGAUGCUUGUUACACUAGCAAAGAAGUCUCAGGGUAUUGCCAGCAUGAAAGGCUACAGAAAUAUCAUCAAUCGCUACUUUCUGCCAUAUGACAGCAUAGCAUUGGACCUGGCAAAGAAAGCCAAUAUUCUCCAGAGUGAUAAUGAAUACAAAUCAGACUACAACAACUACACUAAAGGAACUCCUUGGAUACCUUACGGAUCACUAGAUGUCGAGAAGGCAAAGAAAGCAGGAGAGAUCCUGAGUGAGAAAAAGUACAGACAGCACCCAGAUACUGUGCCAUUUACUUCUAUUGAUGACCACCCCAUCAUGCUGCAAUCUAAGCUCAAUCAGCAACUCAGGAGUGAUCUUCAUUACAAGAAAGGGCUUGAAGAAAUCCAUCAGCAAUACUCGCUGCCUCCUGAUGUUCCAGAGUUCAUCCAGGCCAAGUGUAACGCGUACAAUAUCAGCGAUAAAUAUUACAAGCUUAGCUUCGAGGAUCUUAUUUCCAAAGGUUAUGACUUGAAGGCUGAUGCUAUCCCUGUUCGUGCAGCGAAGGCAGCAAGGCAUGCAGUCAGUGAUGUCCAGUACAAGAAAGCCUACAUCAAGAACAGGGGCCACCAUGUCGGUUGCCGUAAUCUUCAAGAUGACCCCCUGCUGGUGCACUACAUGAAAGUGGCUAAGAUGCAAAGUGAUAAGAACUACAAGAAAGACUAUCACAAGGCCAAGCUGAAGUACCAUUCCCCUGUGGAUAUGUGGAGUGUUGCCCAAGCUAAACAUUCAUCUGCAGUUCAGACAUACACAGGCUACAAACAGCCCAUUCAUCAUUAUACACUUCUACCUGAUGCCAUAAACCUGGAGCUUGCUCGCAACAUGAACAACCUCUCUAGUGAUAACAACUAUAAAGCAGACUAUGAAGCCUCUGUGAAAGGUAUUGGCUGGAUACCAAUCGGCUCACUGGACGUAGAGAAAGCUAAGGCUGCAGGCAAUGCUCUCAAUGAAAAGAAUUACAGGCAGCAUCCAGACACCAUCAAGUUCACCAGCGUCAGUGACAGUCCUGUUAUGGAGCAAGCAAAGCUAAAUGCACAGCAGCUAAGUGAUAGGCUGUACAAAUCCAGUGGAGAGAAGUUCAAGCACACAUACCAUCUCCCUCCUGACUCACCUGAGUUUCUGCAAGCUAAAUACAAUGCUGUCAAUAUCAGCAACACAUACUACACAUAUGCACACAAGCAAGAUAUUCUGAAAGGACAUCAAAUGAAGCAAGACGCUAUUCCAGUUGUUGCUGCCAAGUCCUCUAGAGAUAUUGCCAGUGAUUACAAGUAUAAGCUUGCAUACCAGAAGGCUAAAGGCCACCAUGUUGGCUUACGUAGUCUGCAAGAUGAUCCACUACUGGUGCACUACAUGCAAGUGGCUAAGAUGCAAAGUGAUAAGAACUACAAGAAAGACUAUCACAAGGCCAAGCUGAAGUACCAUUCCCCUGUGGAUAUGUGGAGUGUUGCCCAAGCUAAACAUUCAUCUGCAGUUCAGACAUACACAGGCUACAAACAGCCCAUUCAUCAUUAUACACUUCUACCUGAUGCCAUGCAUGUUGACCUUGCUCGCAACAUGAUGGAAAUUCAGAGCAAUAAUGUCUACAAGUCCGAGUACAACAACAUCUACAAGGGAGCAGGAUGGGUUCCCAUUGGUUCUCUUGAUGUGGAGAAAGCUAAAACAGCCAAAGCUGCUCUGGAUGAAAAGAAGUAUAGAGUUCACCCAAGCACUUUGAAGUUCACCAGCCUGACAGACCAAAUAAACAUGGUUUUAGCCAUGAGUAACACCAAGCAGAUGCAUCCUUAUGCAUAUAAGGCUUCUGGAGAGAAGUACAUGCACACCUACCACCUUCCAGCAGACAGCCCACAGUUUGCUCAGGCCAAGUUUAAUGCACAGACUAUUAGUGAGUCACGCUAUAAAGCUCAGUGGCUUGUAGACAUUGCCAAAGGAUAUGACAUGAAGACUGAUGCUAUACCUAUAGUUGCUGCUAAACAAGGAAGACAUAUUGCUAGCAAUUUCCAGUACAAGAAAGACUAUGAAAAGUCACGGGGUCACCACGUUGGCUUCCGUAAUCUUCAGGAUGACCCACUACUGGUGCACUACAUGCAAGUGGCUAAAAUGCAGAGUGACAAGCACUACAAGAAGGACUAUCACAAGGCUAAGCUGAAGUACCAUACCCCUGUGGAUAUGCUAAGUGUUGUACAGGCUAAACAUGCAUCUGCAAUUCAGACAUACACAGGCUACAAACAGCCUAUUCAUCACUACACACUCCUACCUGAUGCCAUGCAACUGGAGCUGGCUCGCUCCAUGAACACCAGUUCCAGUGACGUUGAGUAUAAGGGUGAUUACAACAGCUAUAUAAAAGGUCUGGGUUGGGUUCCUAUUGGCUCCUUAGCAGUUGAGACUGCAAAGGUUGGUGGACAAAUACAGAGUGAAAAGAAGUACCGUACUCAUCCCUCCAAAUAUACCUUCCACAAGCACAUGGAUUCCAUGGACCUGGCUUUAGCGGCUGCCAACAACCAGAUUAUGAACAAGCAAGCAUAUACUGCCGCAUGGGAGAAAGAUAAACUCAAAAUCCAUGUAAUGCCUGACACCCCUGAAUUUGUCACUGCCAAGGCGAAUGCCAUCAAUUUGAGCCAGAAACUCUACAAAGCUGGCCUUGAAGAAAUGAAUAAGAAGGGUCAUAACCUCAAAGCAGAUGCUAUUUCAAUCAUAGCUGCCAAGUCUAGCAGGGACAUAGCCAGCAACUACAAGUACAAACUAGCAUACGAGAAGGCCAGAGGACACCAUGUUGGCUUCCGUAGUCUUCAAGAUGACCCACUGCUAGUGCACUACAUGGAAGUGGCUAAACUGCAGAGUGACAAAAACUACAAGAAGGACUAUCACAAGGCUAAGCUGAAGUACCAUUCCCCUGUGGAUAUGUGGAGUGUUGCCCAAGCUAAACAGGCUUCUAAAGUUCAAACAUUCACAGGCUACAAGCAGUGUUUCCAUCACUACACAUUGCUUCCUGAUGCCAUGCACCUGGAGUUAGCUCGCUCCAUGAAUUCCACUUCCAGUGAGGUUGAAUACAAGAGUGAUUACAACUCAUACAUAAAAGGUCUUGGAUGGGUGCCUAUUGGUUCAUUAGGAGUGGAGACCGCAAAAGUCGGAGGAAAGAUACUAAGUGAAAAGAAUUACCGAACUCACCCAUCUAAAUACACCUUCCAAAAGAAUAUGGAUUCCAUGGACCUGGCAUUAGCUGCUGCCAACAACCAAAUCAUGAACAAGCAAGCAUAUACAGCUGGUUGGGAAAAGGACAAGAUUAAGAUCCACAUCAUGCCUGACAGCCCAGAGAUUCUUCUGGCAAAGGCCAAUGCAAUAACUAUGAGUCAGAAAGCCUACAAAGCUGGAAUGGAAGCUGCAAAGAAGAAGGGUUAUGACCUCCGAGUGGAUGCUAUACCUUUGGUUGCAGCCAAAGCUUCAACACGCAUUGCCAGUGAUUACAAGUAUAAACUGGAUUAUCAGAAGGCCAGAGGCCACCAUGUUGGCUUCCGCAGUCUUCAGGACGACCCCCUGUUGGUGCACUACAUGGAAGUGGCUAAAAUCCAGAGUGAUAAGAACUACAAGAAGGACUAUCACAAGGCUAAGCUGAAGUUCCACUCUCCUGUGGACAUGUGGAGUGUUGCACAGGCUAAGCAGGCAUCUGCUGUGCAAACCUAUGCUGGUUACAAACAGCACUUUCCUCGUUACACAGUCCUGCCUGAUGCCAUGAGCCUGGAGCUGGCUCGCAACAUGCAGACGAUUGCUAGUGAUAAUGUGUAUAAGAGUGAAUACAACAACUACAUAAAAGGAAUAGGAUGGGUUCCCAUUGGCUCAUUGGAUGUGGAGAAAGCCAAAACCGCUAGUCGGAUAGGUAGUGAGAAACUCUAUCGUACACACCCCAGCAACUACAAAUUCACCAAAGAUAUGUCCUCCAUGGACCUGACUCUGGCUGCAGCCAACAAUCAGAUCAUGAACAAGAAAAGCUAUAUUGAGGCCUGGGAGAAUGACAAAACAUCAAUCCAUAUUAUGCCAGAUGCUAUGGAUGUCACUCUUGCACGUCAGAAUAAAGCCAAUUACAGUGAGAAACUGUACAAGCUUGCCAAUGAACUGGCAAAGAAGAAAGGCUAUGACAUGCGCAAUGAUGCUAUUUCAAUUCAGGCAGCCAAGACGUCCACAAUUAUCGCUAGUGAUUACAAAUACAAAACUGGAUAUCGUAAGCAAGUUGGCCACCACAUAGGAGCCCGGAGCAUCCAGGAUGACCCACUGCUCAUGCUUGCUCUGAACUCUGCUAAGAUUGCUAGUGAUGCCCUGUACAAGAAAGACUUCAACAUGUCCAAGACCAAAUUCCACCUUCCAGUGGACAUGCUGGCAUUUGAACUGGCCAAGAAAAACCAGAUCCAGGUCAAUGAUGCUAACUACAGAACUUACCUACACAACUGGACCUGCCUACCAGACUCCAAUGAUGUUGUACAGGCCAGGAAGGUCUAUGAUCUCCAGAGUGAUGCUGUGUAUAAGUCAGAUCUGAAAUGGCUACAAGGCCUGGGAUGGAUCCCCAUUGGUUCACUUGAUGUCGAGAAAGUCAGGAAAGCUGGAGAGGCUUUGAGUGAAAAAAAGUAUCGUCAACCCCCAAGCAACUUCAGACACACAACCACAAUUGAAGACAUGCCACUGGUUUUGGCCAAAGCCAAUAAUGACAUCAUGAACAAAAAAACUUAUGUCCAAGCCUGGGAGAAUGAUAAGACCAAGAUCCACAUCAUGCCAGAUGCAAUGGAUGUGGUCCUUGCAAAACAGAACAAAGUAAAUUAUAGUGAGAAACAAUACAAACUAGCCCAUGAACUGGCCAAGAAAAAAGGUUAUGACAUGCGUAACGAUGCCAUUUCUAUUAUUGCUGCGAGAACCUCCCGGGAUAUUGCUAGUGAUUACAAGUACAAAACUGGAUAUCGUAAGCAAGUUGGCCACCACGUUGGAGCCCGGAGCAUCCAGGAUGACCCACUGCUCAUGCUUGCUCUGAACUCUGCUAAGAUUGCUAGUGAUGCUUUGUACAAGAAAGACUUCAACAUGUCCAAGACCAAAUUCCACCUUCCAGUGGACAUGCUGGCAUUUGAACUCGCCAAGAAAAACCAGAUCCAGGUCAACGAUGCUAACUACAGAACUUACCUACAUAACUGGACCUGCCUACCAGACUCCAAUGAUGUUGUACAGGCCAGGAAGGUCUACGACCUCCAGAGUGAUGCUGUGUAUAAGGCAGAUCUGAAAUGGCUACAAGGCCUGGGAUGGAUCCCCAUUGGUUCACUUGAUGUUGAGAAAGUCAGGAAAGCUGGAGAGGCUUUGAGUGAACGACUGUAUCGUCAACACCCAAGCAACUUCAGAUACACAAGCACAACUGAAGACAUCCCAAUGGUCUUGGCUAAAGCCAAUAAUAAUAUCAUGAACAAGAGGUCAUAUAUCGAAGCCUGGGAGAAUGAUAAGACAAAUAUCCAUGUCAUGCCAGAUGCAAUAGAAGUGCUCCAUGCAAAACAGAACAAGCUCAACUACAGUGAGAAACUGUACAAACUUGCCAAUGAAGAGGCUAAGAAGAAGGGUUAUGAUUUGCGGAAUGAUGCCAUUUCUAUCAAAGCAGCAAAGGCCUCCAGAGAUAUCAUCAGUGAUUACAAGUACAAAACUGGAUAUCGUAAGCAAGUUGGCCACCACAUUGGAGCCCUGAGCGUCCAGGAUGACCCACUGCUCAUGUUGGCUUUGAACUCUGCUAAGAUUGCUAGUGAUGCCCUGUACAAGAAAGACUUCAACAUGUCCAAGACCAAAUUCCACCUUCCAGUGGACAUGCUGGCAUUUGAACUGGCCAAGAAAAACCAGAUCCAGGUCAAUGAUGCUAACUACAGAACUUACCUACACAACUGGACCUGCCUACCAGACUCCAAUGAUGUUGUACAGGCCAGGAAGGUCUAUGAUCUCCAGAGUGAUGCUGUGUAUAAGUCAGAUCUGAAAUGGCUACAAGGCAUUGGCUGGAUCCCAAUUGGUUCACUUGAUGUUGAGAAAGUCAAGAAAGCUGGAGAGGCUUUAAGUGAAAGGAAGUAUCGUCAGCAUCCAAGCAACUUCAGACACACAAGCACAACUGAAGACGUGCCAAUGGUCUUGGCCAAAGCCAAUAAUGACAUCAUGAACAAGAGAAAUUACAUUGCAGCAUGGGAGAGUGAUAAGACCAAGGUUCACGUCAUGCCAGAUACAAUGGAGGUGCUCCUUGCAAAACAGAAUAAACUUAACUACAGCCUGAAACAAUACAAACUUGCUAAUGAAGAGGCUAAAAAGAAGGGCUAUGACAUGCGCAGUGAUGCUAUUUCAAUCAAAGCUGCUAAGGCUUCCAGAGAUAUCAUCAGUGAUUACAAGUAUAAAACUGGGUAUCGUAAGCAAGUUGGCCACCACAUUGGAGCCCUGAGCAUCCAGGAUGACCCACUGCUCAUGUUGGCUUUGAACUCUGCUAAGAUUGCUAGUGAUUUCCUGUACAAGAAAGACUUCAACAUGUCCAAGACCAAAUUCCACCUUCCAGUGGACAUGCUGGCAUUUGAACUGGCCAAGAAAAACCAGAUCCAGGUCAAUGAUGCUAAUUACAGAACUUACCUACACAACUGGACCUGCCUACCAGACUCCAAUGAUGUUGUACAGGCCAGACAGGCCUAUGACCUCCAGAGUGAUGUUGUGUAUAAGGCUGACCUAAAAUGGCUACAAGGCAUUGGUUGGAUCCCAAUUGGUUCAAUUGAUGUUGAAAAAGUGAAGAAAGCUGGAGAGGCUUUAAAUGAAAGAAAGUAUCGUCAGCAUCCAAGCAACUUCAGACACACAAGCACAACUGAAGACAUGCCACUGGUCUUGGCCAAAGCCAAUGCUACUAUUGGCAAUAAGAAGCUUUACACCGAGGCCUGGGACAAGGAGAAGACCAAUAUUCAUAUUAUGCCUGAUGCCAUGGACAUUUUGCUGGCAAAACAAAACAAUAUCAAUUACAGUGAGAAAAGGUAUAAACUUGCCAAUGAAGAAGCCAAGAAGGAGGGUUAUGACCUGCGUAGUGAUGCUAUUGCUAUCAAAGCUGCCAAAGCAUCAAGAGACAUAAUCAGUGAUUACAAAUACAAAACUGGAUAUCGCAAACAAGUUGGCCACCAUAUUGGAGCUCGCUGUGUUCAGGAUGACCCACUGAUGAUGCUGGCCAUAAGAUCUGCUCAGAUUGCUAGCGAUGCCCUGUACAAGAAAGACUUUAACAAGUCCAAGACCAAGUUCCACCUCCCAGUGGACAUGUUGUCUCUUGAGCUUGCCAAGAAAUGCCAGAUCCAGGUCAAUGAUUUUAACUACAGAAAUUAUUUGCACAACUGGACCUGCCUCCCAGACUCCAAUGAUGUCGUACAGGCCAGGAAGGUCUAUGAUCUUCGCAGUGAUGCUGUGUACAAAGCAGACCUUGAGGACCUGAAGGGCAUUGGAUGGAUCCCUAUUGGUUCAUUGGAUGUCCUGAAAGCAAAAAAAGCAGCAGAGAUUCUCAGUGAUCGUCUCUAUAGGCAAAAACCAGAUACACUAAAUUACACACAAGACAUGCAAUCCAUACCCAUGGUUUUGGCAAAAACAAACGCUGACAUAAUGAACCAGCAUCAAUACAUUUCAGCCUGGGAAGCUGAUAAGGUCAAGAUCCAUAUUAACCCAGAUACCCCAGAAAUUUUGCUUUCAAAGGCCAAUGCUAUUAUCAACAGCAGGAAACUUUACAGGCAAGGAGUUGAGGAAAGCUUCAGGAAAGGCUAUAACCUUAAAUCUGAUGCAGUCGCCAUCAAAGCUGCCAAAGCAUCCAGGAACAUAAUUAGUGAUUACAAAUAUAAAGCUGGGUAUCGUAAUCAAGUUGGCCACCAUAUUGGAGCUCGCUGUGUUCAGGAUGACCCACUGAUGAUGCUGGCCAUAAGAUCUGCUCAGAUUGCUAGCGAUGCCCUGUACAAGAAAGACUUUAACAAGUCCAAGACCAAGUUCCACCUCCCAGUGGACAUGUUGUCUCUUGAACUUGCCAAGAAAUGCCAGAUCCAGGUCAAUGAUUUUAACUACAGAACUUACCUACACAACUGGACCUGCCUCCCAGACUCCAAUGAUGUCGUACAGGCGAGGAAGGUCUAUGAUCUUCGCAGUGAUGCUGUUUACAAAGCUGACAUGGAAUGGAUUAAAGGCGUAGGCUGGAUUCCUAUAGGUUCUCUUGAUGUAGAAAAGGUCAAAAAAGCUGGCAAUAUCCUGAGUGAGAGGAAAUACCGUCAACAUCCAAGCAACUUCAAGUUUACCUGCACAACAGACUCUAUGCCAAUAGCUCUUGCCCAAGCCAAUGCUAAGGUCAUGGAUCACAGAGCUUAUGUUGAAGCCUGGAAUCAAGACAAGCUCAACAUACACAUCAUGCCAGACACUCCAGAGAUCAUUCUUAGCAGACAGAACAAACUCAACAACAGCACUAAAUACUAUCGUCAAGAUUAUGUUGACAGUCUACUGAAAGGCUAUACCCUGCCCAAAGAUGCUGUUGCAGUGAAAGCUGCCAAGACCUCUAGGGACAUCAUCAGUGAUUACAAGUACAAAGCUGGCUACAGACAGCAGCAAGGGCAUCACAUUGGAGCUCGCUGCAUCGAGGAUGACCCACUGAUCAUGCUGGCCAUAAAAUCUGUUAAUAUUGCCAGUGAUGUCCUGUACAAGAAAGACUUUAACAAGUCCAAGACUAAAUUCCAUCUUCCAGUAGACAUGUUGUCUCUUGAGCAUGCUAAGAAAUGCCAGAUCCAAGUCAAUGAUUUUAACUACAGAACUUACCUGCAUAACUGGACUUGCCUGCCAGACUCCAAUGACGUUGUACAGGCCAGGAAGGUCUAUGAUCUUCGCAGUGAUGCUGUAUAUAAGGCUGACCUAGAGUGGCUCCGUGGAUGUGGAUGGAUGCCACAAGGUUCUCUUGAUGUUAUUAAAGUACAGAAAGCCCAGAAGAUCCUCAAUGAUAAACUAUACAAACAACAUCCAAGCACACUUCCAUUCACCAGUCCAGUGGACUUGCCUUCCAUUCUUCUGGCCAAACAAAAUGCUGAUAUCCUCAGUGAUAGGAAAUAUAGAGAGGCAUGGGACAAAGACAAAACCACAAUCCACAUCCAGCCAGACACACCAGCGAUUAUUCUAUCCAAGGCCAAUGCCAUUGCAGUUAGCAAUAGCUUGUACACCAAGGACUGGGAUUCACAGAAGGCAAAAGCAUACCAGAUCAAAGAGGAUGCUGUUGCUGUACUGAAGGCCAAAGCUUCUAGAGAUAUUGCUAGUGAUUACAAGUACAAGACUGGUUAUCGUAAGCAAGUUGGCCACCAUAUUGGAGCUCGCUGUGUGCAGGAUGACCCACUGAUCAUGCUGGCAAUAAACUCUGCUAAGAUUGCUAGCGAUGCCCUGUACAAGAAAGACUUUAACAAAUCCAAGACCAAGUUCCACCUCCCAGUAGACAUGUUGUCUCUUGAGCAUGCCAAGAAAUGCCAGAUCCAGGUCAAUGAUUUUAACUACAGAACUUACCUGCACAAUUGGACCUGCCUCCCAGACUCCAAUGAUGUCGUACAGGCCAGGAAGGUCUAUGAUCUUCGCAGUGAUGCGGUAUAUAAGGCCGAUCUGGAGUGGUUGAAAGGCUGUGGCUGGAGCCCCCAUGAAUCUAUUGAUGUCAACAAGGUCAAGCAUGCCCAAAAUAUCCUGGCUGAGAGAGGUUACCGUGUGAAGCUGGAUGAGCAGAAUUACACUAUUCCCUAUGACAGAGUUGACUUCAUUCAUGCCAAGAAGGCAGCAGACAUACUCAAUGAGGCAAGCUAUCGUGAGGCCUGGCACAAUGAUAAGACCAAAUACACAAUUUUGGACACCCCACUUCUGGCCACAGCCAGGGAGGUGGCCAAGAAUGUACAUCCACAUCUCUACACAAAGGACUGGGAGAACAUAAAAGCCAAAUCAUAUUUUAUGCCUGGAGAUUCUGUUCCCAUUAAGCAAUGCAUGAGUACCACCAAAGUACAGAGUAACUACAAAUACAAGGAGGGAUAUCGUAAGCAAGUUGGUCACCAUAUCGGAGCUCGCUGUGUCGAGGAUGACCCACUGAUCAUGCUGGCCAUUAAUUCUGCUAAAAUUGCUAGUGAUGCCCUGUACAAGAAGCAUUUCAACGAGUCCAAGACCAAAUAUAACCUUCCUGUAGACAUGUUGGCCUUUGAAUUAGCCAAGAAGUGUCAGAUCCAGGUUAAUGAUGAUAACUACAGAACGUACCUGCACAACUGGACCUGCUUGCCUGAUCAGAAUGAUGUCAUUCAGGCCCGCAAAGCCUAUGAUCUUGCCAGCGAUAAUGUCUACAAGGUAGAUCUGGAAUGGAUCCGUGGCUGUGGAUGGGUGGCAGCUGACUCUGUUGAUCAUGUCAAAGUCAAAAAAGCCCAGAAGAUCCUUAAUGAUAGACUUUACACAAAAGAUGCCAAGGAUAACUUUGCCAAGUUCACAAAUGUUGUGGAUCGACCUGAAGUGCUCUUGGCCAAGGUCAAUGCCAUCAAUCUCAGUGAUCUGAAAUACAAAGAAUCUUUCAACCUGGAGAAGGGCCACUACAUUGGAGCUGAAGAUACACCACAACUGGCACACUCCAGGGAGGUUGCAAAGAUCGUCAGUGAGAAACUGUACAAACUUGGCUGGGAUGAAGCUAAAGCCACUGGAUAUCAGCUGGACCAUGAGUACCUGCCACUUGUAUCAGCUAAGAAAACCAAAGACGUUGUCAGUGAUGUUAAGUACCAUGAUGCCCAUGAGAAAGACAAGGGUCAUUACAUGGCCAACACUCUGGUUGACUUCCCUGAGGUGGUCCACUUUGGGAAAAUGGAAAAGAUGAAGAAUAUGAGAUUCUAUCAUCAGGAUUACCAUAAAACCAAGACUAAUCUCCAUAUUCCACAUGACAUGAUCAGCCAUGUGGUAGCCAAGAAAUGCCAAGACAUCCUAAGUGAUGUGCUGUACCGCACCUACCUGCACCAAUGGACAUGCCAUCCAGAUCAGAAUGAUGCUAUCCGUGCCCGCAAGGCCAAUGAGAUCCUGAGUGAUAUUUUCUAUAAAGAUGACUUGAACUGGAUGAAGGGAAUUGGCUGCUAUGUCUGGGACACACCAGAAAUUGUGCGUGCCCAGAAGUCGUAUGGGCUUCAGAGUGAUAUAAAGUACAAAGAAGAGGCCAAGAAAGAGUUCAAUAACUACUCUAUUGUGACAGACACUCCUGUGUACGUGACUGCUAUACUGGGCCACACAUGGGCUAGUGAGCUGAACUACAGAGAGGCCUACCACAAGGACAAGCACAAAUACACUCCUGUUUUAGACACGUUUGAUUAUGUACGAUGCCACAACUUGAAGCAGCUUUACAGCACUAAAGCCUAUUCCGCCAUCUGGGAUACAAUCAAGGCCAACAGCUAUAGCAUUCCUCAUGACUCCAAUGCUAUGGUCCAUGCCAAACAGCAGAAGGUCCUCCUGAGCAAAGUGAAAUACAAAGAAGAUUACGAGAAGUUUAAGUCCCUGUACAGCCUGCCUAAGUGUCUGGAGGACGACCCAGCCACUGUCAGAUGUAUCAAAGCUGGAAAACUUAACUUGGAUCGCUUGUACAGGGAGAACUGGGAAAAAACAAAAGCCAAAAUUCACGUGCCUCCUGAUAUGCUAGAUGUAGUGGCUGCCCGCAACACCCAGAAAAUGAUCAGUGACAUAGACUAUCGUAAAUACCUGCACCAAUGGAUCUGCCUGCCUGACAUGCAGGUCUAUGUACAUGCCCGCAAAGUCAAUGAGCAGCUGAGUGAUAUCUUUUACAAAGAUGAUAUGAACUGGCUGAAGGGUAUUGGAUGUUAUGCAUGGGAUACUCCUGAAAUUCUGCGGUGCAAGCAGGCCAUGAAGCUACAGAGUGAGAACCUAUACAGAGCUAAAGGAAUUGAGCAUUUGAAGAACUUCUCUGUGGUAACAGAGACCCCAGUAUAUGAGACAUGCAAGCAGAGUGCCCAGAAUCUGAGUGAUCUCAACUAUCAUUAUGACUAUGUCACCAAUGUGAAAGGUACAAACACUGCUCCUGCUAAGACUGUGGAGACUGAAAGGGCUCGUUUGGCCAACUACAUCCAGAGUGACCACAUCUACAAAGAGGCAAACAAGCGUUCUAUGCCCACUGGCUACUCUCUUCCUUAUGACAUGCCACUUGUCCUGCAAGCCAAGCUCAACAACAUCACUACUAGCAAUGUGAAGUACAAGGAAACUUAUGAACUCAAUAAAGCCAGGAGCUACAAAAUGGACCCCAAUGGUGUCAAUUUUGUCGCCAUAAGAAAGGCUAACCAGGUCAUCAAUGAACGACUAUACCGUGCCCGGUAUGAAAAGGAAAAGGACAAGGUUCACUCUGUGUAUGACACCCCUGAGAUCAGACAGGUUAAGGCCACCCAGGAGGCCAUCAGUGAUAUUUGCUAUAAAGAAAAGUACUACAACAGCAGAGGGACUCUACUACCAAUGCCAAUCACACCAGAGCUGAUACACUACGCACACGUCAAUGAGAUCAACAGUGAUCUGAAAUAUAAAGAGGAUCUGCAGUGGCUGAGAGGCAUUGGUUGCUUUGUGUUUGAUUCUCCUGAGAUGGUCCGCAUCCGUGCAAUCAACAAAUUCAGGACUUCUUAUGACGUUGAGGCCAAGAAGAACUUUGCUAACUUCUCUGUGGUCCUAGAAACACCAGAGUACAAGCGUGUGUCCGAACUGAAGACUCACAUAAGCGAUUUGGUGUACAAAGCUGCUGGAAAUCUGCAGAAGACUCAGUGCAGCACUACUGGUGAUGCUAUUGAAUUCAAGAGGGCCAAGUGGGCCCAGACUCUUGUCAAUAAAUGGCUGUAUACUGAUUUGGCUUCCAAAGAAAGAGCCUUCUACACUCCAGAGCUUCAUACCCCUAUCCUGAAUCAUGCCAGAUCUAUGAAAGUGGUGUACAGUGAGACCAAGUACAAAGAGCAGUACGAGAAGAUGAAGCACAAGUACACUGCCAUCCAUGACACACCAAUCCUAAUCCGUGCCAAAAAGGCUUACCUUAAUUCCAGUGAUCUGCGCUACAAAGAGACAUAUGAGUUAGCUAAAGGACACUACCACGCCACUAAGGAUGCUCGGGACAUUGUUUGUGCUAAGCGGGUCAGAGAUGACAUCAGCGAGGUUAAAUACAGGGAGAAAUACAUUAGCUCACUGGGCACAUGGAAAUCCAUCCCGGAUCGUCCUGAGUUCUUCCACAGCAAGAUUGUGCGAGACUGCGUCAGUGAUGUCAAAUACAAAGAGGAUCUGGACUGGGUCAAAGGCAUUGGCUGCUACGUGUGGGACACACCUCUGUUGAAGCAGGCUGAGCAUAACAAAGCACUGUACAGUGAGAGACUGUACAAGGCGUCCUAUGAGAAGAACAAAGGCAACUUCAAGUACACAUGUGACACACCAUUCUUUGAAACUGCUAAACAUGCAACUGCCCUGUCCGAUGAUGUCAGGUAUAAAAUCAGGGCCAAAGAGCUGCUCAAAAGUGGCUGCAAUGAGCUGCUUCGUCCUGACCUUUUGAAAGCCAUGUACAACACUAGCAUGUGGAGUAAGUGGAAGUACAGGUCACAAUAUGAGCGUCUCAAGUCAAAAUACACAUCAGUACUGGAGACCCCUGAGCACCAGGUCCACAAGCGUAGAAAGCAGAUCAGCGAUAUCAUCUACAAGAUGGAGUAUAAUAAGAAUAAGGCUAAAGGCUACACACUUGGGCACGAUACUCCUCUGAAUCUGCACAUGAAGAAAGUCAAAGAAAUCACCAGCAAUCUGAAAUAUAAGGAAUUGUAUGAGAAAAACAAAGCUCACAUCAACAUAGCUCCUGAUGCUUUCGACAUCCGGGCUGCCAAAGAGGCCUACAAGAACAUCACCAAUCUUGACUACAAAAAGAAGUAUGAGGCCACCAAGAAUAAGUGGAUUUGGACUGUGGACAGACCCGACUUUGUCCAUGCUGCCAAAAUCGUCUACCAGCAGAGUGAUGUUGAUUACAAGUACGACAAGGAGAUGCUGAAAGGCUGUGUGAUGCCUGUUACUGACGAUAAGUACACAGUUCUAGCCAAGCAUAACACUGAACUUUACAGUGAUAUUAAAUACAAGCAAAAGUAUCAAGAGGCCAAAGGACACUAUCACGUUGUUCAUGAUACCCCUCAGAUCAUCCAUGCUAAAUCAGUGUCUGGUCUGGUUUCUGAGAGCAAAUACAAGCUGGAGAGCAAGAAGGCGCGCCAGUCCGGCUCUUUCACCACCCUGCCUGAGACCCGUGACACAGCCCACAGUAAAGUGGUGACCAAAAUAACAAGUUCUAACCUGUACAAGGAGAAGUUUGAGAAGGCGAAAGGAAAGUCUGAGUACAACAAUAUGACUGUACCUCCAGAUGUGCAGCAUGCCAUAGAUGUGGCUAAGAACCAGAGCAAUAUCAACUAUAAACAAGAAGCUAAGGCCAAGCUGCAUUAUACACCUGUUGCUGAUCGUCCAGACAUCCUGAAGGCUACCCAGGCUGCCAAGCUCAUCAGUGAGGUGGGUUACCGUGACAAAGCUCGUGAGGAGGCCAGCCGUGGAGGAUCACUGGUCAACCGUCCUGAUAUCAACUUGGCCACUGAAGUGUCCAAGCUUACCAGCCUGGUGGAGGCCAAGCCUUCCCUCCAUGGAACUGCCUCUUAUGAUACUCCCCAGAUCCGGCAUAUUAAGAAAAUGAGUGCUCUGACUAGUGAUGUGAAAUACAAAGAGAAGUUCGACAAGGAGAUGAAAGGAAAGAGACCAAAGUAUGACCUGAAGAACAGUAAGAUUUAUCAGACUUUGAAGGACGCCAAUACACUUGCAAGUGAGGUGAAAUAUAAGGGUGACCUGAAGAAGAUUCAUAAGCCUGUGACUGACAUGUCUGAGUCUCUGGCCAUGCAGCAUGGCUUGAGUACCAGCAAACUGGCCAGUAGUUACCAGUACAAGAAGAAAUUUGAGGAGAGUAGAGGUCACUACCAUUUGAUUCCUGACACUCCUGAGCAGCUUCAUCUCAGAGAGGCCUCAGAGCUGCAGAGUAAUGUGAAGUACAAGGAGAAAUAUGAGAAGGAGAGAGGCAAGGCCAUGCUGGACUUUGAGACUCCGACUUAUGUGAGCGCCAAAGAAGCACAGCAUAUGCAGAGCCAGAAAGACUAUAAGAAGGACUUUGAGGAAUACAUGAAAGGCACGAACCUGUCAGGCUUGGAGGUCACUCCGGCAAUGUUACAUGUCAGACAUGCCACCAAAAUUGCUAGUGAGAAAGAGUAUAGGAGGGAUCUAGAGGAAGGGGUGAAGGGUAAAGGGCUUACAGUGCUGGAGGAAACUCCUGAAUUGCUAAGAGCAAAGAAUGCUACUCAGAUCCUCAAUGAGAAAGAGUAUAAGAAGGCAUUGGAGCAAGAGAUAAAGGGCAAAGGAAUGUUGGCUUUGGCUAACGAUACUCCAGACUUUAUGAGAGCAAGAAAUGCUACAGAAAUCCUCAGCCAGGCUAAGUACAAGUACAGUGCUGAGCAGGACAGGGCCAGCUACACCACCGUGCUUGACACCCCUGACAUCAUCCACGCUCAGCAGAUCAGGAACAUUGUGAGCCAGAAAAAGUACAAGGAGGAGGCAGAGAAGACCAUGUCUCACUACAACGCGGUUCUGGACACUCCUGAGAUGCAGAGAGUGCGGGAGAACCAGAAGAACUUCAGCAAUCUUCAAUACCAGAUUGACCUUAAAAACAUUAAGGGCAAAGUAACAGCAGUACAAGACACCCCUGAAAUGCUUCGUGUUAAAGAAAAUACAAAGAAUUUCAGCUCGAUUCAUUAUAAGGUGGAUGUGGGAGGAGGAACUGCUAUAGCAGAAACACCUGAGAUGGAGAGAGUUAAACGCAAUCAGCAGGCUAUUAGCACGAUCAAAUACAAGGACUCAGUAGGUCAAGGCAUAUCUAUACCAGACCUUCCUGAAGUGAAACGUGUGCAGGAGACUCAGAAGAACAUAAGCUCGAUAAAAUACAAAGACAUGGUGGGGCAAGGAACAGCUAUAUCGGACCUCCCCGAGGUGAAGCGAGUCCGAGAGACUCAGAAGCACAUCAGUUCGGUUUUGUAUAGAGAUACUUUUGGCAAAGGAACUCCUAUCACAUUCACGCCAGAGAUGGAGCGGGUCAAACGGAACCAAGAACAAAUUAGCUCGGUGCUGUACUCUGACAGCUUCCGUAAGCAGGUGCAGGGCAAAGCAGCCUACGUACUGGACACUCCUGAGAUGAGACGUGUGAGGCAGACUCAGCGUAUCAUCUCUGGGGUGCAAUACCACCAGGACUUUGAGAAGAGUAAGGGCAGCUUCAUUCCCACCACCACUGACCUUGUGACUGAGCGUGUAAAGAGAAACACUCAGGACUUCAGUGACAUCAGCUACCGCGGCAUUCAGAGGCGUGUGGUGGAAAUGGAGAGGAGACGUGCUAUAGAGCAUGACCAGGAAACCAUCACUGACCUGCGUGUAUGGCGUACAAACCCAGGCUCUGUGUUUGACUAUGAUCCUGCUGAAGAUAAUAUCCAGUCCAGAAGUCUCCACAUGAUGUCAGUUCAAGCUCAGCGCCGUAGUAAGGAGCACUCUCGCUCGACAAGUGCCAUGAGCGGCUUAGGUGAUGAGAAAUCUGAGCUGUCUGAGAACGUGGACCAGCACAUGUCCCUCUACAGCAAUGGAUUCCCUUCUUCUUCCAUCAGCUACCAGCAGGCCAAGACAGUUGAACUUCAGCAGAGAUCAUCGUCUGUGGUCACCCAGCAGACCACAGUGUCCUCUGUGCCCUCACACCCUUCCACCACUGGGAAAACCGUUCGUGCCAUGUAUGACUACAUUGCUGCUGAUAAUGAUGAGGUGUCCUUCAAAGAUGGAGAUGUCAUAGUGAACGUGCAAGCCAUCGAUGAGGGCUGGAUGUACGGUACUGUGCAGCGUACUGGAAAAACCGGCAUGCUGCCAGCCAACUACGUGGAGGCGAUCUAAAGACUAGUGAGAGUAGGACACAUCCACAGGGCUAAGCAUCUCAGGCAUUUAGCUAGUUUGUGUAGUUGAUGGUAGGUUAGGUUUAAAAUAGCAUUGAUCCUGUUUGUCUGCAUUCACAUUAUGUGCAAUUUGAUUCAUGCCCAUGUCUGCAAACUUUCAGUGGAUGUGACAUGAGAAACUGACAGACAUUAGACAGUUGUAUUUAUAUUUUAUGUACCAAACCCAGCAGAACAUUUGAAAACAAAUUCAAGCCCAUUAUUUGUAUAUUACUGACAAAUAACAGAUUCCAUUGAUAUCAAGGAAGAUUUAUCUGCCUUUUCCAGCACUGAAUCUUUUGCACAAGAAGAGAUGGGUUUUGCUGUAAAGAAAAUCUGACACUGAAUUAAAAGUGAGAUACAAAGAAAGACAUCAAACUGUAAUUAAGGAAAAGAAAACGUAUACAAACUUGUAAGGACAGAACAUGAGUUCCCCACAUACAAAACUGUAUCCUGAAGAGUUCCAAGAAACAAGCCUCUUCCCUCCUUUGCUGAAGACUGGUCACAAGUUGCAUGUGUGUUUUGUUUCUUCCAGUUCCCUAAGUCUAGGGUUAGAGUCAUAUUUUGGCUCAGUAGUGAAUAAAGCACACCACGCUUCUGCAGUA